CGCCUUCGACCCGCUCCCGGCCCGCGGCGGCUGCUCCAGGGCGCCCGGCUCGCCCCUCUCGGAGGCCUGGGCCCGGCCCCACCGCGCCGGCGUCGCGCACGAGCCCGGCUCCUGCACUCCUGCCCCCGCAGGCAGAAAAAUAUGGCUCAGGAGACUAACCAGACCCCAGGGCCCAUGCUGUGUAGUACAGGAUGUGGCUUUUAUGGGAAUCCUAGGACAAAUGGAAUGUGUUCCGUUUGCUACAAAGAACAUCUUCAGAGGCAGCAGAAUAGUGGCAGAAUGAGCCCAAUGGGAACGGCUAGUGGUUCCAACAGUCCUACCUCAGAUUCUGCAUCUGUACAGAGAGCAGACACUAGUUUAAACAACUGUGAAGGUGCUGCUGGCAGCACAUCUGAAAAAUCAAGAAAUGUGCCUGUGGCUGCCUUGCCUGUAACUCAGCAAAUGACAGAAAUGAGCAUUUCAAGAGAGGACAAAAUAACUACCCCGAAAACAGAGGUGUCAGAGCCAGUUGUCACUCAGCCCAGUCCAUCAGUUUCUCAGCCCAGUACUUCUCAAGGUGAAGAAAAAGCUCCUGAGUUGCCCAAACCAAAGAAGAACAGAUGUUUUAUGUGCAGAAAGAAAGUUGGCCUUACAGGGUUUGACUGCCGAUGUGGAAAUUUGUUUUGUGGACUUCACCGUUACUCUGACAAGCACAACUGUCCAUAUGAUUACAAAGCAGAAGCUGCAGCAAAAAUCAGAAAAGAGAAUCCAGUUGUUGUGGCUGAAAAAAUCCAGAGAAUAUAAAUCGCUACUUGUGAAGAGACUGAAACUUUGUUUUUAUUUUAAUAUAUCGUAGGAAAACAUUAAAGAGCAGAUGCAUGGCCAUUUUCCUUUGAUGUUCUCCAGAGUUUUACUUUACACUUGUCUGUCUUAUAAUUGAAAUUUUAGGAUGUUUGGGUGUUUGUCACAGGCAGAAAUGGAUAGAUACAGCCCUACAAAAUGUAUAUGCCCUCCCCCGAAUAAAAUUGGAUGGAAAUCUGCACAGCAAAUUGAAAAUACACAGACGAUAGGGACAAAAUUUAGUUCCCAUGUGCCAAACAUAAUACAUGAAAUCUCUGCAUGUUUGCAGCAUAUCUGCCUUUUGGGAAUGUACUCAAGGUAUAAUCUUUGGCUAGUGUUAUGUGCCUGUAUUUUUUUAAAAAAUGGUACACCAGAAAAGGACUGGCAGUCUACUUCUACCAUAAUUUAACCUUCACCCUGUUAAUUUCCACAACAUGUUCUUUGGAAGCAGGAGGAAAGCUAUAAAGAGGAUCAGACCUUUCCAUGAAACCAGUAUUUGGUGCCAUAUGUAAGCCUGGUUGAUUUGUCUUCUAAAAGCUGUCAAAUAAGACAUUCUGUGAAAGGUAAAUAUCGCAACUGGCUAUCAUGAGUAAAGCCAUCAGGCCAACAGGGUCUUGAGCGAUCUUUGAAGCUUAUUGUGCUGGCCUGCACCAGAAGAUGUCUGCAUUACUCUCAUUGCUAAAAAUGUUGUGUAGCACAGAACUGCGCUAGGAUUAAUUUGUUUACAAGAAGAAAUUAAAACUACAUUUGGUUUUUACAUACAGCAGCUCUAUUGAAUAACAUGCAUCUGAAUUUUAAGUUGCAAAGGUAUCUGAAAAGUUAAUUUUUCAUGUGCAUCUUUUGUUGAAUGUUUUGGUUCAAGAAAGAAUGUUUAAAGCUUUUUUAAAGACUUCAGUUCUUAACGUAACUGUACCCUUCUGCAUGGAGAAUCCUAACCAACAUGGCUGCAGUAGACUUCUUAGUGGUAUCCAGCACCACGUGCAGAGGGCUGCUUUAUCAUAUUAAUUGUACUUGGGUGUAGGACUCUAGUGUUCUUGGGUGUAUUGCAUGGGCUGCAUUAUCUACAGCAUUGUACAAUAACAACUAGAAGAGGCAGUAUACUUCACUGAUGCUUGUCUGGUAAUAUCACUUCUGUGUUAUAAUGGAAGGUUUUUGUGAUGUAUGAAACUUGUGUUUUUUAUAUAUAAAUGAGUAUAGUUAGAUUAGUAUUGUGGUAAUGCCUGUUUUCAUCUGUAAAUAGUUAAGUAUGUACACGAGGCACUACUUCUGAUUUAUUGCUGUGUUCGGUCCUAGUUUUUACUUUAAUUAAAGCAUUCGGUUUUGCUUUCAAUUUUAUGUACCUUAGUUCUGAGUUAGAUCUGCAGAUGUGUACAGAUAGUUCAUAUUUAUGUAUUGCACAUAAUCAUGCUAUUCAGCAUUGAUGCUAUAUUGUAUUAUGUAAAUAAUAAAAGCCAUGUACAGAG